GACAAGCCCCCCCAAGCCACCGACUUUCUUCCCCCUUGAGAAACCCGGUGGGAUCUUGAUGAAUUCUCUUCCUUUCUUGUUAAAUCACAAGAUUUGAGGCUUAGAAUCUUCCCUGUCAACCCAGAAAAUCGCGGAUCUGUUCUGCUCUUCUCCCCUGUCCGCCGGCUGCUAUGUGGGUUUGAAUUUCUGGGCAUUUUUCGGUCCGUGAGUUCCCUGCAGCUUGCCGCCGGCUUCUUCUUCCCCUGCUUGCUCCGGUUCUUGCUGGAAAAUUCGGGUAUGAUGGACAGCUUCCUUUAAGUCCAAUUUUACCCAUUUAAUUGCUGAAAUUAUCCAUGUAAUUGCUGCCCCUGUAUUGUUCAAAUUUCUGCCGAAAUAUGGAAGAAUUUGGCAGCAUUUUAAACGUGUUUUUUUUAGCUUGAUUCAUGUAGAAAUAAACUUGUUUUUGGCUUGAAAUUAGCUGCUGUUCUGUGUGGGAAAUCCUGCUGUUUUGCCAAAAUGUUACUGUUCACGCGCAGCUACUGUUCACGCAGAAAAUUCUGCAAAUUGCUGCUGCGUUUUUCUGCAUUUUGCUACUGUUCCCGAUCAUUCUGUCAGUUAGCACUGAGAUUGAGUGCUCGGUUUUAUGCGAGUGAGGUAAGUAAAUCAUGGUAAAGCCCUUCGAUUUCAAAGCAUGUUUUAAUUGUUUUGAGAUGGUGGCAAGGUUGUAAUUGAUUUUAAAUUGAUUUUACCAGCACCUGAGUGUGAUUAAACUGAAAUGGAAGUUUUGAUGAUUUUAAUGAGAAUUUCAUGGUUUUUCUGGAAAUGAGCAUGAUUGACUUGAAAUAAGAUUAUUAGUCUUUUGUAUUGAUUUGAGCAUGCCUACUUGAAAUUUAAGUGAUUGUCCUGAUGAUUUGAAAGCGAUUGGUGAAUUAAGAUUUUUCUGUAAAUUUCUGCUUGUCUUGUCUCCGAUGUGGUUAUGUUAUUAAUGAUCCUGCUUUGAUGAGUUGAGAUUGAUUGUGAAUUUCAGAAGUUCUGUAAUCCUACAUGGUUUUGUCUCGGAUAUAGUCAUGAUUUCCGAUCCCCGCUAGUGGGUGUGUAGCAUCCCUGAUCCCCGCUAGUGGGUGUAACGCUAGCACUCCUGAUCCCCGCUAGUGGGUGUAACGCUAGCACAUGUCGACAUGUUUACUGAUAUGACCGGUUUGUUCUGUCGCCUGCCAGUGGGUUGUUAUAACACUGGCCAUGACUUAUAGAUGAGACUACUGAACUGAGUUUUCUUCUACAUUAGCGGUUUGUCAGGAAACGUUUUGUUGUUGAACUGAAUCCGAUUUUUGUUAUUGAGCGUUUGUUAUUUUGAACUGUUUAUCUGGCAUGCUAACAUUUUACUCACGGGCUAUCCAUAUUUUACUUACUGAGAUAUUUUAUCUCACCUCGUUUUCCUUGUCCACCAUUUCAAGAAGUGAAACCGAGGACGGGGAAAAGCAAGGGGAGUGACGAAUUAGAAGGCUAGCCAUCUUGUAAAGUGAAUAUAGAUUUGAGAUGUAGAUCGUGAUCUUAAGAGUUAGAGUGUAUGUGGAGAUUUUUGGUAUCAGAGCAGACUGUAAAGAUUUAUCUUGAGAUUUUGUGGUAUCAGAUUGUGAUUUGAAUAAGUUCUGAGCCUUGUG